AAGAAUUCCAUUCCCUCCUCCACAGUUCCCCUUAAAGCACAAAACGACUCAGUCAUUCAGAUCCCAUAUUCUGGCUAGGGGAGGUCAUCAUCUCCUCUUCCUCUCCUCCUCCAUGACUCCCUACUCCUCCAUGCUCUCCAAGAACACCAGGAUCAUGGAGGAGGUGUGGAAGGACAUAAGCUUGAGUUCUCUGCAGCAAGACAUGCCUUCCAUUCCUUCCCUUCCACCAAACCACCUCGAGCGCCUGUGCGGUGUCAGCUCGUCGACCACCACCUCCUUUAGAAGCAUCAUUCUCCAAGACUUCCUUACCGAGCACUUCAAGGCGACCAGUGACCGCAGUCCUCCUCCUUCUACCGCUCUUGGUCUCAACUCCAACCUCGGCGGUGGCAGCAAUGGUCUCUCCUCCUCCUCCGCCUCCAGUGUCUUCUCGGAUGGCGUCGGUGACGGCGUCGUAGCUUGCUGCAGCAAGAAGCACCAGAUGGAGCAUGAGUUGAACGAAGAGUCCGGCGAUCGGAGCGACGUCGACCGAAGGAAGAAGCGGAUGAUCAAGAACCGUGAGUCGGCAGCUCGGUCGAGAGCCAGGAAACAGGCUUACACAACUGAGUUGGAGCAGGAGGUGGAUCACUUAGUGAACGAGAACAGGACGCUGAAGCGACAGUUUGAGGAGCUAAAGAAAGCCGCGCAGGAUCACCUCUUCGUGCCUGCAAAGCACACCCUCCAAAGAACCCUAACAGCUCCAUUUUAAGGGAGAGAAGAACAGGGAGUUCUCUUUACAGCCGAUAUACACUUCUAUGUACAGAUAUAGCUACUGUGAUAGUAGUACAUAUACGUAGAACGCCUCUCUCUCUCUCUCUCUAUACAUACAUAUAUAUAUGUAUGUAUGUAUGUAUGUAUGUAUAUAUACUUAGGGUAUCUCUUUAUAUUGUAUACAGUGCUUAUGCUUGUAUAUCUAUCUGUCUGCUCUUUGGAGAGCAACAAGAACUCUUGUAAAUUUGAUGCUACUUAAAAGAAGCUGUCUCAUUUUAUUUCUCUCGACAUCACCGUACUCACUACACUUCUUUUCUCUUUUACUAGAAAUAGAUAUCAUAAGAAGGUGCAAGGAAAAAGAGGAGAGGCCGAUAGUGCAUGACAGGUGUGCUAAGCGCGUGAACUUAUUAUACUGUUCUUCCUCUCUUAUCAGUGGCAAGUCUGGGAAGUAAAGGAUGAUUGACCCCGAGAAACGAGGUUGCAUUUUUCUCAUUACAGCCACAUAUGUAUUAUUGGUAGUCCCUACUCGGCACUCAUGAAGAUCACUUGUCAGCACACAGGCAUUCAUUCAUGUGCUGCCAAUCUUUACCUUGAUUCCAGGUCCACAGACAGACUGUGAGACGAGACAAAUAUGACAAUACAAUUGUCAUAGCAUGGCCACAUGAAACCAAGACAUCAAGUUGGUAAAGAGAGUGCCAGCCAACAAGC